AUGCGGAUGGGCUUCGGCUUUACCGGUUUGAUUAUGGCCCGAAAACGUAAAUCUAGCUCACCUGAACCAAGGCUUGCCCGUUCCAAAGCCUUAAAGAAGGACGAGGAUGUGUUUGAGAUAAAAGCGUCUCGCAGCGCGUCCCUUGAUUCGCGAAGGAUCUGUCAAUCCGCGAAAGGGAAACGCCAGCGCAUCGUCUCAGAUGCAUCCCCACAAAGAGGACAUUCUGCCAGGUUUAAAGGUAUCGCGCCCAGCUUUCAUUCUCCUGUUGCAGACCAGGCAGAGUGCAGAGAGGAUUCCCUGCACGGGACCAGCUCAGCACAGCACCCUGCUUCACCCAAAGAUGACACUGAGCUCGGGCUGGUCAUCACCCUGGAUGAGAAUCAGUGUGGGGGGCAUCAAGGAUGGAGGAAGAAGGGUGUGAGGAUGAAAAUGGGGGCGGCGGGGGGGACAGAGGCUGCGGGGGCUGGGGCCGAGCAGGAAGAGAUGGCCUGUGAGGAUCCGGAUAUUAACAGGCAGCUGGACAACGAGCUGGAGAGAAAGUCGCGACAGCACAACCUGAGCCGCUCCAAUGUGCGCACCAUUCUGCACGUAAGUACGGCACAGCCUGAGCCGCUCCAAUGUGCGCACCAUUCUGCGCGUAAGUACGGCUCAGCCUGA